AUGGGUGGCGGUAACGGUGCCAAGGCUGCGCAGAAGCGCGAGCGCAACGCCAAGGACAAGGCUGGCGCGGCCAAGUCGCAGCUCAAGACCAACGAGAAGGCGCUCAACAUCCAGUGCUUCGUCUGCAAGGCGACGUUCCUCAGCACGACGCGCGAGAAUGCCCUCAACGACCAUGCGACCAACAAGCACAGCAAGACGCUGGCCGACUGCUUCCCCGACUUCAAGGCCGCCUCGAAAUAA